GUCUUCGUCUUCAAGCUUCGAAAGGCGAAAGCUCUCUCUCUCUCUCUCUCUCUCUCUCUCUCUCUCUCUCUCUCUCAUAUUCUCAUGCUGUGGAUGGCCAUGGCCAUGCAUGCUAAUAACAUGCCACAUGACUAUAUACCAGCAACCCCACCACCACCUUUUCAAGCACACACGCAAAGAUAAAAGGGCACAACCAAAACGGCCAAAAGCCUCCUCCUCCCGAUCCUCACUUUCACCAGCGAAAGCACGGGGCAAGCUCGCAUCACAGCUUUUUCUCUCUCUUCGCUCCUCUCCUCCCUAUCCUUCGUUGAGACAUGAGAGUUCCCUCUUCGUCGUCCCCACAAACCCGCCAUUCCUCGAAUCCAAAACCCACUGUCUCUAACAACAUCACUGCCCGAAACCUGUCCAACGUCAAUCCGGGCUCCUGCUACGAACCCACUUCUGUUCUCGACCUCUGCCGGAGCCCCAGUCCCGGUACCGUCCCUGAAAAUCCCACCGCUCCCUCGGCCAUCACUCAGUCCCUGUCCAAGCCUGAAGACUCUCUGGAGUUGGACGAGCAUGCCCUGCAUAGUCUGGAUUGGGAUUCCAUCAUGAAGGAUUGGGGUUUACACGAUGACUCUCUUGCUAACGUUCUGAAGAGUACCGGUCCGCAAUCAAACCCAUGUCAGCCUCAGGUCCCACAUCUUCCGGAAUUCCCCCAUUCUCAGGAGCUCCCUUUCGAUCAAGCUCCGGAUUUCAGUCUCGCGGAUGUUUCCGUAAAUCAAAAUAUGGGUUGUAAUUAUAAUAACUCCUUUGAUCAUUUGGUUCAUGGGUUCAGUCAUAACUUUAGUUGGCAAAGCAACGGGUUUGAUCUGAUCGAGGAGCUUAUUCGAGCAGCUGAUUGCUUCGACACGAACCAGUUACAGCUCGCCCAGGUGAUAUUGGAGCGGCUCAAUCAACGUCUGCGAUCCCCCGUCGGGAAACCCCUCCAUAGAGCUGCGUUUUAUUUCAAAGACGCUCUUCAAUCUCUUCUCUCCGGUUCGAACAGGACCCCACGACUUUCUUCCUUGGUUGAAAUCGUUCAAAGCAUCAGGACCUCCAAAGCUUUCUCGGAAAUUUCUCCAAUUCCCAUGUUCUCUAUCUUCACCACCAACCAAGCACUGCUUGAAGCCCUUCACGGAUCAUCGCCCUUCAUGCACAUCAUUGACUUCGACAUCGGUUUAGGCAUUCAAUACGCUUCUCUGAUGAAAGAGUUUGCCGAGAAGGCGGAGUCCUGUGAAAUAAACUCGCCAGUCCUUCGAAUCACGGCCGUCGAGACAGAAGAAUACGCCGUGGAAAGCAGAUUGAUCCGGGAGAACCUGAACCAGUUCGCUAAAGAUCUCAGGAUCCGGGUCCAAAUCGAGUUCGCGCUAUUCCGGACCUUCGAAACGUCGUUAAUGAAGGCCGUCAAGUUCAUGGAUGGAGAGAAGGCCGCCGUUCUGCUAUCCCCGGCUAUCUUCCGCCGUCUAGGAUCAACAAAAAACAUCGCCGCAUUUCUGGGGGAUAUUCGGAGGGUUUCUCCAAGUGUGGUUGUAUUCGUAGACGGCGAAGGGUGGGCAGACGCCGCUGCAGCGACGUCGUUUCGUCGGAGUGUUGUGAACAGCCUGGAAUUCUACUCGAUGAUGUUGGAGUCGUUGGACGCGUCGCUUGUGGGAGGAGGCGGGGAAUGGAUUAGGAGAAUAGAGAUGCUCCUGCUGCGGCCGAAGAUAUUGGCAGCGGUGGAAGGCGGGUUCCGGCAAGCCCUGGCGUGGAGGGAACUGUUUUAUGGGGCGGGAAUGAGGGCAGUGCAGUUAAGCCGGUUCGCGGAUUUUCAAGCAGAGUGUUUGCUGGCCAAAGUACCGAUCAAAGGCUUCCACGUGGCAAAACGACAAGCAGAAUUGGUGCUCUUCUGGAAUGAGCGGGCCAUAGUUUCCACGUCAGCGUGGAGAUGUUAGAAUUGUGAAAAAAGGGAGGGAGGGGAAUAUGAAUAUUGUGUGUGUGUUGUAUUAAUAUUAAUCCCAAAGUUUAGUGUUUGAGGCAAAUCAAAAGAUAAUUGGGCAGCUUACCGGUUAUAUUAUAACAGACAGGAAGGCAUAUGAGUAGUCGAUGCCUCUUCUUUAUAUAGCAAAGGCAGUGGCGUUUUCUUCACCCAUAAUUACAAAGCUUGAUGCGUUGCGAUUGCAACUAUGCUUUA